AUGGCAUUGGCAGCAGUAAAAUGGACGAUAUCAAGCAGAACUAUCUUGCAACACUUGUUUCCAAUUCAGAAUGGCGCCUUAUAUUUUAUCUGUCAUAAAUCUACGUAUUCUUCUCUUCCAGAUGACGAUAAUUGCAACGUAGAGCUUGCCUUGACAUCUGAUGGCAGGACAACAGGAUGGUAUCACCCUUCUGUGGACGUUCCGUAUGAACACACAAAAGCUAUCCCUUGGCCAGAUCCCAUGCAGAAUAAUGAAGAAACACAUGAUCUAGUGCUGAAAACCGGAUUAGAAGAAAAGGGUGAACACUUAGAGCAAGGACCCAUGAUAGAACAACUUAGCAAAAUGUUCUUUACUACUAAACACCGUUGGUAUCCUCAUGGCCAGUAUCAUAGACAUCACAGGAAACUGAAUCCUCCAAAAGACAGAUGAUAUUGAGGUUUUCAGGAAACAAAGAGACAUGUUAUCCUGCAUCUCAUUUGCCACUUGAGAAAAUACAAUUGGGUAUUUUCACUAAUACGUUAUAUAGUAAAAUAAUAAAAUGUCUUUUCAUAUGUUAAAAAAAACAAAACUGGGUGAGAAUGCGCCCUCCUCUGUGGUAGAGAAGUGUUGCUACUUUUAGCUACACUACCCUUUCUAAUGGGAGGAGAACCCUGGAUUUCCUUCACCUGCCAAGACUCUCAGUACAGGAUGUUCCUGUGGGGCACUACCCCCUCAAAGGGUGGAGCCUUGACUCUCACCUGGCCAAUCAGAGCAUUGCUAGCCAGGUGAUUGGCUCAGAGAUGAGCAUGUGACCCAAGCUGGUCCAAUCAGAGUCAUGACCAGGACCUGUGUAGGAGUUACCAGGGAGAAAGACCUAUCUUUUCUGCUAGAUUGGAACCAAGGAAGAUGUGUGUUAAAUCAACACAGAUUUGUUACUGUAUAGCACAGAGAACUCUACUCAAUGUUCUGUAAUCAUGGACUUCCUAGGUGGUGCAGUGGUUAAGAAUCUGCCUGCCAAUGCAGGGGACACAGGUUCAAGCCCUGCUCUGGGAAGAUUCCACAUGCCACAGAGCAACUAAGCCCGUGUGCCACAACUCUUGAGCCUGUGCUCUGGAGCCUGUGAGCCACAACUAUUGAGCCCACGUGACACAACUAUUGACGGCCACAUGCCUAGAGCCCGUGCUCUGCAACAAGACAAGCCACUACAAUGAGGAGCCCAUGCACCACAGUGAAGAGUAGCUCCCGCUCAUAUCAACUAGAGAAAGCCCGUGUGCAGCAAGGAAGACCCAACGCAGCCAAUAAAUAAAAUAAAAUUAAAAUAAAUAAAUAAAUAAAUAUUCUGUAAUCACCUGUAUGGGAAAAGAAUCUGAAAAAGAAUGGAUAUGUGUAUAUGUAUAACUGAAUCACUUUGCUGUACACCUGAAGUUAACACAACG